GUUCUCUUCAGACCCUUUUCAUGGCUGAGAAGAUGAAUUUAACAUUUGCUGAUGCAGUGGACUACAAGGGCUUCCCUGCUGACAAGUCUAGAACUGGUGGCUGGAUACCUGCUGCUCUCAGCUUAGGCAUUGAAAUAUGUGAGAGGCUGUCAACAAUGGGGAUAGCAGUUAACCUUGUGACUUACUUGGGUGGAACUAUGCACCUCCCAAGUGCUGCUUCUGCAAAUGUUGUGACAGACUUCAUGGGGACUUCUUUUCUGCUGUGUUUACUUGGCGGCUUCCUUGCCGAUACGUACUUGGGCAGAUACCGAACGAUCGCGAUAUUCUCCUCGGUUCAGAUGCUUGGGACUUGCCUGUUAGCUGUAUCUACGAAACUCCCGCAACUGCGGCCACCUUCUUGCCAGGACACCGAUGUAACGCAAUGCCAACAAGCUAAUAGCUUUCAAAUGGGAAUUCUGUAUCUUUCAUUGUAUCUGAUAGCAUUAGGGACCGGUGGCUUGAAAUCGAGCGUUUCAGGUUUCGGAACUGACCAGUUUGACGAGAAAGAUGAAAAGGAGAAGGUCCAAAUGUCCUACUUUUUCAGCAGGUUUUUCUUUGUUAUCAGCAUUGGAACUUUGAUGGCUGUCACAGUGCUUGUUUACAUCCAAGAUGAAGUAGGUCGAAGUUGGGGUUACGGGAUCUCCUCUGCUUCGAUGUUUCUUGCACUCGUGGUAUUCUUUUCGGGGACGAAACGAUACCGAUACAAGAAAUGUUUGGGAAGCCCCGUUGUUCAUAUUUGCCAAGUUGUUUCCGCUGCAUUUGGGAAAAAGAAAGCUACAUUCCCUUCUGAUAUUUCCUUGUUGUAUGAAGAUCUCCCAGAGGCAUUACGAAUCCAUCACACCAAUCAGUUCCGUUUCCUGGACAAGGCAUCUGUUGUGACGGAAGAUGAUUACAGCCACAAUGGUUCCUUCAUGGUAAACCCUUGGAAGCUUUGUCCGGUUACGAGGGUAGAGGAGGUGAAAAAGAUGAUCAGGCUACUACCGAUUUGGGCGACAACGAUCUUAUUCUGGACGACGUACGCGCAAAUGAUCACUUUCUCCGUGGAACAAGCCACCACUAUGGAGAGAACCAUAGGAAAUUUCCAAAUUCCAGCUGGUUCACUUACUGUUUUGUUAGUGGGAGCCAUAUUGAUCAGUCUAGCUGUUUAUGAUCGUUGUAUUAUUCCACUUUGGAAAAAAUGGAAAGGCAAACCUGGGUUUACAAAUCUGCAACUGAUAGCCAUAGGUCUCUUCCUGUCAGCCAUGGGAAUGGCAGCUGCAGCCAUAGUAGAGGUAAAACGGCUGUCGAUAGCGAAGGAACACAGUGAAACAACACAGCUACCGAUAACCGUUUUCUACCUGAUUCCACAAUUCUUACUGGUGGGUUGGGGAGAAGGAUUCAUAUACACCGGUCAGCUGGAUUUCUUCAUUACUCAAUCCCCAAAAAGAAUGAAAACAAUGAGCACUGGCCUAUUCCUCACCACUCUUUCACUCGGUUUCUUCUUUAGUAGCUUGCUAGUUUCCAUUGUGAAGGCUGCAACCGGAAGCGGCGGCAAACAAGGAUGGUUGGGAGAGAACAUAAACAAAGGAAGAUUAGAUUGCUUCUAUGGACUUUUAGCGGCAUUAAGCUUCAUUAACUUCGGGUUAUUCCUUCUUUCUGCAGCAUGGUUAAGGAGGAAAACAGUCAAACAAGCUCCUGAAACGGAGAUCGUCGUUAAAGAAUCGCCGGUCAAUGAUAAAUGCUAGUUUUUCUAUACCGGAAUGUCACUUGAAAUCUUGUUCAAUCACCAAAGUAGCACUAAAUAUAGAAAUAUAGAUAGCAAAGCUUCUGCAAUGAAAUGGAGAGUUGAGUUCUUGUCUGCAACAUCCUAGUUUCCUGGUUAGCUUUAAGGUGUAAGAGAAAUAAAAAUAUUCCAAAUUUCAA